AUGCCGAAGGACUCUUCCGCUCGCCGUGAGCGCAAGAUGCUUGCAAAACUCGGCAUUGAAGAGAAACAUGAAUAUUUGCAAAACUCCCUCCCCUUCUACCGCAAGAUCUCAGGAGCCGUGAUCCCGCCUCUCCAGUCUUCACUUUGCUACAUUCAUGGUGGCUCUCACGAAAAUAGUCCUGGCCAGAGCGAUGAACUGGCUAAUCCUGAAGAUUACAUUGAUGCAGAGGACGGCAGGACCGAUCCAAAGAAGGCAAUUGACCAAGAAGACGAUGAUACUUUUGAUGUGGCACGUCCACUAGGUGAAGAUCACGCAUCUAACUCGUUUCUUAACACUUUGACGAUGGCCAAUGUCUAUGCUGGCGUGGGGUCAUUGAAGAACUUGAAGAACCUACUUGGCGACAUCUCCAACCCGAGCUGGCUCGAUCAUAAAGGCGGUCGUCUAAUUGGAUACUCAAUGUUCAGUAGCAGUGAAUCAGAAGACGAAUCAGAGGAUGAAGAGGAAGACGAAGUUGAUGAGAGAGACUCUAAGUAUAUGCUCCAAGACGAGAAGCUCAAACUGACAAAAUCCCACUCCUCGGCUAAAUCGGUAUCUUCGAGGAAAUCCCAAUCGCCAUCAAAAGAUAUACCCACAAAGACUUCAAGCAUCGCAGCUUCGAGUACAACCAAAGCGUCUAGUACUACUGAGCCUACUAAGUUGGAGACCGAGGCUCCUAACAUCCUGGAUAAUGAAGACUUGGAUAUGGUUAGUGGAGCCCAACCGCUGUCUAACCCACUUGUUCUUGAUCAUGUUCUUUCCCUCGGAUCACCUCCAACUCGAACGGAUGGCGGAUUUGAACCGACUGUUGAACCAGAGAUUCCAGUUGAUAAUACCCUUGGCACAGAACUCUUAGACAGCUCUAUCGAGAUUCCGUCCGAGACACAUUGGAAACCAUGGCAUAGUUCGGUCAUGGAACGUCUUGAUAUUACACCGCUCAAGGAAGUUGUCUUGAUCAAGUUUAAGGAAAAGACUACCACAGAGACCGAGACCGAGAAAGCUGCUCGUCAAAGAUUGACAUGGCUUCUUGGCUUGAGAAUGAAGGAGGCAUUUCAAUUGGAUAAUUCAGAUGUGUUCCAUGCUAAUUUCGAUACUUGGCUUAUCAAGGAUGUCCUCUUGCAAGGUCAGGUAUUCUUAACCAGAGAUAAUUUUUGUUUCUAUUCGCUACUUCCUGGAACGACAGAGCACAAUCCUCAUCAGCAAGAGAACCCUGACUUGGCACUUUACGAAGGUACGUUGGGUAUGAAAGCGGGCGAUAGCCUUCUAUCAAACACACAUCGUUUUUGGGCUGUCCUUAGGCCUGAAACAUUGAGUCUUUACACAUCGCCAACAGACAUGUACUUCCCUGAAAAGGUUGUUGACCUCCGAAAUGCCUUAUACUGCGAGCUUUCAAAAGAACCAGUGAACCCCACAAGUCCUCCGCCUGGAAGUGCCGAAGGCGUGUCGUCACCUAGACUUCGUGUUCCAAGCUCAAGAGAUUCAUUCUACCUUUCAAGCGCCAGCAUGCUGCCUUCUCAACCUGAUUCCGAAACAUCCAGUAUUAACGAGGCGGAUUUAGAAGAAGCGUCUGAAGAAAUGCUGACGGGCGUUUGGUUCAAGGUCGUUUGCACCAAUAAGACAUAUCGCUUCCAAACUGGCAGUUUGUUUUCUGCUCGUCAUUGGUACAACAGCAUCACGAAGGCGAUCUUCCAGUUGCAUAAUUGCAAUUCUCGUAGAGAGGUUUUGCAUAAAAUUCCCUUUGAUCAGAUCAUGGAGUAUCAGAAGAACUUUGUGCUCGCCGAUUCCCUACCAUCUAAUGGUGAUGACAAUGAUGAUAAUGAGACUCCCGUAUCAUUCUCCAUCAAGUACCUUUCGCCCCACGACCACCAAUCUUCGAAACUCAAGUCAAAGGUAACCGGAUCCAAACCAUCGCCAUACGAGACGAUCCAUUUUGUGCUCUUCCAUAUGGGUAAGGACUUCGUGGAUCUCUUUAGCCGUUUGUAUGAAGAGCGCCAGGCUCAAAGGCAACAUCUUCAUGCCACCCUUAACCAAAGAAUGAAACGGAGGGCCAAGAAAGUGUUUCAGGAUGAAACUUCGGAUGAAGAGAUUUGUUCUGUCAUGACUACAAUUCAGCCAGAGUUCGCCUCAGGUGCUUCUCUUGUGGAUAAAGUGGCUCGAGUGAAUGAACAUAUAAUCCAGAGCAAAUUUAACGAACAGUCACAUUCCAGUUUUGCUUCAGAUGAGGAACUUUCAUCCACAGAUGGAAAUGAACGUAUCAGAAGUAUGGCAAGGCUCUUGGGUAUUAAUAAACAAGUGUUCUCGAAAAGCGAAAAUGACAGCAGCAGUUCAAGUUUGAAAGUGCCCACAUCAAUUAACUCUGCUUGGGAGAAUGCAAACAAAAACGGAGCGAUGAUGAGCCCGUUACAGGAAGAUGGUGUUAUAUUACAGUUUCCUAAGCCGUUCUCUAUCAGCACUUUGAAGAACCUCAACAUGAAUAUGAUAACAACGAAGCGGCGUUUUGCUGAUGUCGAGAAGCGUCUCAUUGCCAUGAAUGAAACGCAUAAGAGAUCAUAUUCGCAUAGUGUUGGAGACUUGUCUUUUACCGAUUCUUAUAAAGACUUUGAAGAGAGUAUAUCAGAUGUGACUACUGAAGAUGCGUCUUCUGGAAGAGGCACAAAGGAGGAGAAACAAAAGAAGAGCAAAUUUAAGGCUUUCAAAAAGAAGCUCAAGACUGUUUCCAGCAUGGGUGGGGUAUGGUCGGCUAAUCCUGACCAUUACAUCAAACUAGAAGAUAACGAAAAGUUUUAUGUGAAGAGCGCUGAUGAAAGAGAAGUGAGCGAGAAGAGGUUCAAGAAACAUUUCUCCCUCAAUUCAGAGAGCAAAUUAGUUGCUACAUACUAUUGUCACUUGAAGCGUUCCAUCCCAGUUUAUGGUAAACUUUAUCUUGGUAACGAUAAACUUUGUUUCAGAAGUUUAAUUCCCGGAAUAUCAACCAAGAUGAUCUUACCUUUGAAAGAUGUGGAAACCUGUUCAAGUGAAAGUGGAUCAAACUUUAAGUAUUCUGGACUUGUUAUCACCAUUCUGGGGAUGGAAUCAUUGGUUUUAGAGUUUGGUUCAGUGAAAAGCAGAGACGACUGUUUGCAUAUGGUAUUGAACCAACUUGAGAUUUUACAUGCUGACGAGUCCUGGGCGCCAAAGGCUCAUGAAUGGGGCCAUGCUGGACAGUAUAGAGAUCCGCUGCAAAAAGAACCUUUGGAUAAGGCAACGGGAGCGCAGCUGCGUGAUACUGACAUUGCCUUGGCUAAGGCAAAGGUAAGAAUUGCAAGAUUAAGACAUUUGGAAGACAGAAUAAGCACUGCCUCUGGAAUUGAGUUUCCACUCAUAUUUGAAGAUUCCUUGUUUUAUUACACCGAGGUGAAGCCAGCCAAGUCUUACAAUAUCACGUUGUUGACUAUUGGAUCUAGAGGUGAUGUUCAACCUUACAUUGCGCUAGGUAAGGGUCUCUUGAAGGAAGGCCAUACUGUUACUAUUGCAACGCACUCCGAGUUUAAAGAAUGGAUCGAGAAGCAUAAUCUCAAGUUCAAGGAAAUUGCGGGCAACCCUGCCGAACUUAUGUCUUUGAUGGUCACUCACGGUUCCAUGUCCGUCGGAUUUAUUAAAGAAGCGAGCUCUAAGUUCCGUAACUGGAUUACGGAUUUGCUUGAUACAAGUUGGGAAGCCUGUCAAGGUGCUGAUCUUCUUAUUGAGAGUCCUUCUGCUAUGGGCGGUCUUCAUAUCGCUGAAGCCCUUGGUAUUGCGUAUAUGAGAGCUUUCACUAUGCCAUGGACUCGUACUAGAGCAUAUCCACACGCCUUUAUCGUCCCUGAUUCAAAGCGUGGUGGCUCUUACAAUCUUUUGACUCAUGUCAUGUUCGAAAAUGUGUUUUGGAAGGGUAUCUCGAGUCAAGUCAACAAGUGGAGAGUUGAGAAAUUGGGUCUUGCAAAAACAAGUUUGGCUAAAAUGCAGCAAUACAAAGUUCCUUUCCUUUAUAAUAUUUCGCCAUCGAUGUUCCCACCUUCUGUUGAUUUCCCAGAAUGGGUGAAAGUGACUGGUUACUGGUUCUUGGAUGAAGGUGACUCCUCUUAUGAGCCACCACAAGAAUUGGUUGACUUCAUCGAGGGCGCCAACAAGAAUAAGCAAAAGAUUGUGUACAUCGGGUUUGGUUCUAUUGUCGUUAAUGAUGCUAAGAGUUUAACAAAGGCUGUCAUCGAGGCGGUUGAGAACCUGGGUGUCAGAUGCAUUUUGAAUAAGGGUUGGUCGGACAGAUUGAGCAAAGAUAAGGGCGAAAUUGAAGUUGAGCUUCCACCUCUGAUUUAUGACUGUGGCCCUGUUCCCCAUGACUGGCUUUUCCCUAAGGUCGAUGCUGCUGUUCACCAUGGUGGCUCUGGUACUACUGGUGCCACUCUUAGAAGUGGAACACCAACGAUCAUCAAGCCGUUUUUCGGAGACCAAUUCUUCUAUGCUUCUAGAGUGGAAGAUCUAGGAGUCGGUCUUGCCCUUAAAAACUUGAACCUGAAGUCGCUUACCAAGGCGCUUAAGCUGAUUACGAGAGAAUCCAAGUACUUGGAGAAAGCCAAGGCUGUUGCCCACUCAAUGGAGCAUGAAACGGGUGUACUUUCUGCUAUCGACGCAAUUUAUUCCGAACUUGCAUAUUCCAAGUCUUUGAUGCUUACUGUCAGAUACAAUACUGAAGAGAGGAGAGACGACAGAUCUGGAGCACAGACACCUAAUAUUGCAGAAGAGGAGGAUUACCUCAGUGUCAAUGACGAGGAUACCACCGAUGAAGAUGACGAUGACAGUGACAUUAGCGAUGAAAGUGAUGACGAAUUCACAGAAGAUGAUACUGUCAAAGAUAGAUUGGAGACAGUUGGAACAAACUUGAUGGAUAAGGCAGACAAGACGAAGAACUUCAUCUUCAAUGUUACGGAAGAACAAAGGCGAACUAAUGCCUACGCUGCCAUGGUCCCUGGUCAAACUAUUGUCGAAAUCCCUCAAUACGAACUAGAAUGUGGUGAAACGCUCCAUAACUUCCCCGUGGCAUACAAAACCUGGGGUAGGCUUAAUAAAGAAAGAGAUAAUGUCCUACUUAUCAACCACGCUCUCACGGGAUCCUCUGAUGUUCAAGAUUGGUGGGGGCCGCUUCUUGGUACCAACCUUACGUUUGACCCCUCAAGGUUCUUUAUCAUCUGUGUCAACUUCCUUGGGUCACCUUAUGGUUCUUGUUCGCCAGUGACCAUAGAAAAAUCAACAGGAAAACCAUAUGGUCCGCUUUUUCCUUUAAUCACUGUUAAGGACGAUCUUGGAAUCCAGAAGCUUAUUUUGGAUUCCUUGGGAGUGGAGAAAAUUGCAUGUGUGAUCGGUGGAUCCAUGGGUGGCAUGGCUGCCAUGGAGUAUUCAUCGACCUACAAUAAUACAGGAUACGUUAAAACGGUAAUUGCUUUAGCUACCGCUGCGAGAGCCAGUGCCUGGUGCAUUUCAUGGAACGAGACGCAAAGACAGUGUAUUUUCAGUGAUCCUUUCUAUGAUGAUGGCUACUACUAUGAGAACCCGAACGGUUCGCGUCCUGAUGGAGGUUUGAGCGCAGCUAGAAUGGCUGCUUUGCUAACUUAUAGAUCGAGAAACUCUUUCGAGACUCGUUUCGGAAGAAAGUUACCUUCUCAACAAGCUAGAGAACCACAAAAGGACGAUAUCAGAUUGCCAAAGAACAAAGAAGAGGAGAACUGGCUAAUCCACAACGAAGGCUCCAGAAGAUCAAGAAGCUCAUCUAGUGCAUCUUUGGCCUCAGAUAAGCUUCAGACGUAUUUCACCGCCCAAUCGUACUUGAGAUACCAAGGUGACAAGUUCGUGAAACGUUUCGAUGCGAAUUGUUACAUCUCCAUCAGCAGAAAGCUUGACACCCACGACAUCACAAGAGGUAAGGUCGAGAGCGACGAAUCUGAAAGCGACCCCUUGCCACAAUAUCUUGAGAGUUUGCUGCUGCCCCACUUGAUCAUUGGUAUCCAGUCGGACGGCCUCUUCACGUAUGGCGAACAGCAGCUUUUAGGAGCACAUAUCCCCAAGAACACCUUGAAAAGGUUAGAUUCGCCUGAAGGUCACGAUGCAUUCCUCCUUGAUUUCGAAAUCAUUGAUAAGUACUGUCGUGAGUUCUUGCAUGAGCAGCUUCCUGAAUAUUUCGAUGAUGCAUCUGGUAAAGUGGAUGUUUUCCACGAUUGGGCCGACCAUGUGGUUUCUGUUGAGAAUGGAGGCGACUCGACUUGCAUCUUGCCAGAAGCUAUCAACUCCAAUUGCAUGCUACUGUUCCACGAAGCCACAGCUAGCGACUAUACGCUAACAGGAAACAAGCCUAUAGAUAAGCUUAGUGUCAUUACUAGCUCGGACUCCUUUGAUAUACACAGUCUUUUAUCGAACUGCUUCUACUACUCUGCAUCAGACUUCAAUGGAUUAGAUGGCUUGUUAGAGGAGGUAAAGGACGCCCAGUACUGGAUCGAAUUAACGAAAGGCGAAUCUGUUCUCAGCAUAGACUCUUCAGAUUCAAAUAUAAUCAAGUUGGUCUUGAAUGAACACGACCUUUUCCAGAAUAACUACAUCACGCGGUACUUGAAGUUCAAGCAGCAGAGACCAAACAAACCAUCCAAAGAUACUAGCACGUUCUAUUCAGCAUUCGCCAAUUAUUCAAAAAGCGCAAACGAAACACCCAAGUAUGACAAAGACUUACGCAUCCUUAUAGAACUGAUUUUCCCAAACGCAUCAUUAAGAGUUUCCUCGAACAAGGCGAUACCCUCUUUGGGUCAAUUCAGGCAAAUCCACAACCUAGCUUCGGGCCCAAUUGACCCUCAGGCUGACUUAUCGCCACUCACAACGAAGAAUGUCGAAGAGCCCCAUGACUAUUAUGAAUACUUCAGCCUUCUACACAUGAACAAAGCACCAAGCUCAGAAGUCAAUGACUAUGUUAGAGUAACCAGCAUGUACGAGGUACCAAUAAACGAUUCAGAUGGACCGUUCAAUGGCAGCUUAACGCUAACUUUUGCAAACCAGCUAGAUCCUCGAACUAUAAGUCUGAUUCUCACGGAAAGCUCUGUGGUAUCCGUCUUGUAUGAUCGCGAUGGGAAGAACACCCUAAUUCUGAAACUAGCAUCUAAAAUCUACGUCUGGGAAUCCAAAACAUGA